AAGGGGUGUGUGUUUGCGUGUCUGAAGCGGGGGGAGGAAGGGAGAGGACAGCAGGCGCCCUCGCGCACGCGCCGAAACGAGGUCUCGCGCCGGGCUCCUCCCUCGUCCCGCCUCCUCUUCCAACGGGCGCCAGUGAGAGAGGCCUGAGCGCGCGCCGCCGCUCGCUCGUUGGCUGCUGCUGCAGGGGCUGCCGGGAUACUUCAGUGACGGGAUUCACCUAUUAAUUAUCGUCGUCGUUGUUGUUGUUUCCCUCUCAUGGCUCACAAUCAGAUCUACUAUUCGGACAAGUACGACGACGAGGAGUUCGAGUACCGGUGAGAAAGGGCGAGGCCUAAGGCGGGGAAGCGGUGGGGUUUGCCCUGAGAGGGAGAGGAGGGGCGUGGCUAGGGGUUGCUAUGGCUACGUUGAGGGGCGGGGCCGUAAAGGAGUGGGCGGGGCCUUCCAUAAAAGAGAGGUGGGCAGUGUGGUGUAGUGGUUAGAAGGUGAAGACUAACCCCUGGGUUCAAAUCCCUCCACUCAGCCAUGAAGUCCAUUAGGUGGUGACUGGCUUCUCAAGCUAGCCUACCUCACAGGGUUGUUGUGAGGGUAAAAUGGGGGAGGGGAGAGAGAACUAUUUGCUCCAUCUCAGCCUCCUUGGAAGGAAAGGUGGUGUCAAAACGUAAUAUUAUAAUGGAAUAGCUUCAGGAAGAAUCUUUCGGAAUAACGAGCAGUUCUUAUGGUAAGUUAGGGAGCAGCUCUGGAAUGAAGCUCAUAAUCUGUUAUUUGGAUGGAUCUAGCAUUAUCACCAUUACCAUUAUUGUCAUCAUUUCUGGUGUAGGGGACAGUUUUUAGGAAUAAUCUCUCAGAACAGUUAUCAGAAUAACCAGUUAUGGUUGUGGGUUGUUGGAUGCAGCAGAUUCAGUACUAGGAAAAAGGAAGUUUAUGAUAUACUUCCUUUGUUAUACUGUGCGGGUGGUUUGGAUUGAGAGGUGGCUUUCCAAUGGCUGCUAUAUGUAUACUGUACUGCCUUGAGUAUUGGAGGCAACAUGCUUAACAGUUGCUGAAGAAUGACAAUAGGAAAGUGACAUUUCCUUCAAGUCUAGUCUUGUGGGCUUCCCAGAAAUGUAAGACCCUGCUGGAUCAGGCCAGUGGCCCAUCUGGUCCAUCAUCCAGUUCUCAUAGUGGCCAACCAAAUGCAAAACUCUCUCCUGCAGUUUUCAGCCACUGAUACGCAGAACGAAACAUUGCUUCCUCUGAUUGUGUAGGUAGACGGUAGCCAUCAUGGCUAGUAGCCAUUGAUAGGCUUGCCCUCCAUAUAUUGGAUGAAUUGAACAUAAUUGCUGGACCAGAUGGGCUGUGGGUCCAAUUUGUUGGGUCUCUUUACUUUCUGACGAUUGACUUAAUGGCCACAAACUAUUUUACAGCGAUCCUUCCUGUGCUUCUUUUAACAUUCUCUCCUCUUGAUCCUGCCGCUGCAGGCACGUGAUGCUUCCAAAGGACAUUGCCAAGCUGGUCCCGAAGACCCACCUCAUGUCCGAGUCAGAGUGGCGGAACCUGGGGGUCCAGCAAAGCCAGGGCUGGGUUCACUACAUGAUCCACGAGCCAGGUAGGUUGCACAAUGGCACAGGAGGCCUGGAGCAAAUACUAAGAGACCUUGCUUGAGUGGAAGGGCUGACAAAAUGGCUUUCUGAUAUCAGGGUAGCAGGAAAUAGAUUGGGCAGAAUGUGAGACCUGCUAUCUCUCUGUUGCACGUGCACACGUUUCUUCUUCUUGAUGACCAAAAAGAGCUGUACUACAAUAGCUGCUUUAAACACCCAGCUGAAUUAUGCCGUCAUUGUGCCCUGCCAGAAUUCUAGGCAGCUGGCUUGCUUACGUCUAGAACAGGGGUGGAGGAUAUGUGAUCCCUGAUUGGUUGGGACAUGUAUCUAGGGCAUGCUUGGCAGAUCUGUGCCCCUCCAGAUAUUGGACCACAACUUCCAUCAUGGCUGACCUUUGAGAGUCCUCGGACUGCUGGGAUUUGAAGUCCAGCAGUGCGUGGAGAGCCACAAAUUCCCUACCCCUGCCCUGAAUGAACAUCUAAUCUGACCUGAUAUAAAUAGCUCCUCUAGUUCCACACUGCACAUACUUAAAACAAGGAAGUCACUCCCACAGGAGGCAGGCAGUGUUGGUCAGCGACUCAGAUGAUUUUAAAAGAGGAUUAGACAAAUUCAUGCAGUAGAAGGUCAUCAGUGCCUGUUAGCCAUGGUGGCUAUGCUCUGCCUCCAUAGCUGGAGGCAGUAAUGCUUCCAAGUACCAGUUGAUGAAAACUACAGGAGGGAAGAGUUCUCUUGUUCUCAGAUCCUGCUUGCAGGUUUCCCACAGGCAUCUGGUUGCCCACUGGGCUGGGCUAGGUGGCCCAUUGGCCUGAUCCAGAGGGGUCUCCUUGUGUUUUUAUGGAUAACAGUGAAGGAGGGCUUUUGCCUUUAUGCCCUGCCUGUGAACUUCCUGGAGGAAUCUUGCAGGCUCUCCUUAUGUUCUUUGGAGAACUUUCCCAUUCAAAGGGAGGCAGUGAGGGGUGCAGAUUACUGUUACAAAUUAUAGUUACAAUCUCAGUAACUGUAUAGACCAGGGGUCUGCAACCCGCGGCUCCGGAGCCGCAUGUGGCUCUUUUACACCUUUGCCGCGGCUCCGGGGCGGAUACUAGCGAGGGGAGGAGGCGCAUUGUGCACCCCGACACUCCCCACUGUGGCGGGCGCUGUACUGGCUGUGACGUCGCAUGGGGGCGGUGCGUGCGUUAGUCACGCACCGUCCCGACGUCACCUUCUCACCCGCCCGCCCGCUACGUUGUAAGGGGCAUGUACGCUGGUCACUGCAUUGAAAGGGGGCGUAUACGCUGGUCACUGUUUUGAAGGGGAGUGAAGAACACACACACACACACACACAAAGGUAACUUGUUAAUUUAACGUUUAUUUCUAUGAGGAGGAGUAAUUCUGAGGGGUCAAACAAAGAAAUAAUAAAAAAGUGACAAAAAAGUUAUUUUUAUAAUGACGAGUUUUGCGGCUCCCAGUUUUUUUUUCUUCGGAAACGGGUCCAAGUGGCUCUUUUUGUCUUAAAGUUUGCAGACCCCUGGUAUAGACUGAAUAUCUAUUCAGACGUAAAUAUAUUUAGGCCUUUGCAGAGAGCCACUGCCUUAUAAAACCUGUGUUUUUUUUAAAGCACACAGAUGUGGCUUCAAAAACAGCAUCCAAUGCUUCUGUCGGCUUCUUGCAAAUCCCAGUUCUGAAUUAAAGUUGCUAGUUCCUCACUGCUUUCUAUUUAAGCGAAUGCCUCUGCCUCCCUUAGGAGCAGAGUUUAUGUAUUAAUAAAGUACUCCUUAUGGCCCAGUUUACUGGUGUUCAUAAUGUUCACCACCCUUGGUAUGUGAUUGAAUAUGACAAGAUGAAAAGACUCCUGGCAUAUACUGCAUAUCUUGCCUCUCAGUUUGGCAGAGCACCAGCCAUAGUUGGGAGUGUCCAUUACCUCCACUAAAGCAGGAAGUUACGGUACUUUCGUCUUCCCCUAGUCCAGAUCACAGUCAGGGUUGGCCUGUCACUCAUUGGGUGGCAGAAGCUCUGAACUGAUCAGGGAGCUGGCCAGGGAUAUCAAGAAGAGAAAGUGGCCUGCAGUAAAGCCAAAUUAGAGUUUUGAUGCAGCCAUUUUUUAUUGUAUAAAUAGAAUCAUUUAAGAAUUAUUCCUAUAACUCACGCCUUGCUGUAAUUGUGCUAUAUAGACUCAUCUUAAAAACUUGGCUCUGUAAUUUGUUUUUAUACUGAAUAUGCUCUAUGUAUAGUUCUGUGAUUGUUUGUAUGGUUAUAUGUUGGCUUAUACAUAUGCUUAUGAUAAAUCAAUAAAAAUUAAUGUGAUUAAGUAGAAAAAAAUGAAAUCUUUUAACCACCAAAAACAGCUUACAGUGUUCUGCAGUCACAAUAUUUGAAGAGGGAGAGGGACCUGUGACAAGCGUGAGAUUCUGCUUCUCCCGAUUCCUUCUGCCUGCAGAUUUUUUAACAUAGGAAGCUGCCUUAUACUGAGAGACCAUUGGUCUAUCUCUCUUAGUGUUGUCUGCACUGACCAGCAGUGGCUCUCCAGUGUUUCAAGCAAGGGUUUCUCUCAGCCACACCUGGAGGUGCCAGAGAUUGAAUCUGGGGACCUUCUGCAUGCAAAGCAGCUGUUCUACUGCUGCUCUUACAUGGUUGUAGCUUUAAGCUUAUUUGAAGUUGCUGCAGUGAGGAUUAGCAACUUCAAAUCAAAACCUGGAUUUGGAGGAAGCUGAUGGAUGCAUCGGAUGCUGUUUUGGAGGUCAUGUUUGCGACACAGCUGUGACUGUGCCACGUGCAAAGUGCUCAUUUGAUUUUUGACAUAUGCUUAGAAACACCCAUGUUAGGCUUGAGUCACCUGGCCUUUCAAUAUUAUUUUCUAGAUCUUUUUUUAACAUGCCAUUUCCUCUCUCCCUGCAGAGCCCCACAUCCUGCUUUUCCGACGGCCGUUGCCAAAGAAGCCAGAAAAAUGAUGUGCUUGGGCCUUUCCCCAUGCUUUAGCUAUAAGCACCUUUAAACAAAAAACCCAGCAAUUGUGUUUUUUGGAAAAGUUUGACAAAUGUUUUCACUAUGUCUGUCAAGAAAAGGCCACUCAAUGCAACAGUUAAUGCCGGACAAGAAAAGCUUUGCUUGCUGCAGAAAGACUGUCUGCUGAAAAGGAUUGGUUUUAGCUGCUGAUACAUUGAUAUUUUUUUACACUGGCUGAAGCCUUGCUCCUGCUUUAUCCCACACAGCAGGGCUGGUUUGGUUUUUAAACCCAGGAGAAUGCAGUGUGUUUCCCUGGUUGGAUAUUUCUAAAACCUUGUAUUUCAUGUUAAUCCUUUGGAACUUUUAAAAGUUACGCUUGAUAUGACUGUUCUUCAGGGUCUGUCAAUAAAGCACCAAGGUUUUACACAUC